UGAUGGUUUGACGACCAUUUGUCAUCAAAAUCGUUAAUGUCAUAUUAAUCUGUUCUUUCCGGUCUAUAGACUUCUGUGAACACAAAUAAACGUCACCACAUCUCAAAAGAAAUGGAUUAAAGGAGUAACUAGCUGCAUCUGAUAUCAGAAUUCAUCUGUUAACAACUAUUUGUUUUAAGUCCAGUGAUGAUGCUCGGCUGCAUAAACCUAUAGAAGUAUUUAGGGUAACGGAAGCUUGAGUCCAUGUUCAAAAGUGACCGAAUCACGUUCAGUCGAUAUACUGACUGAAAGUGAUUUAGUCGUUCCAGAAUACUCAGCUAUGGUACAACUUUUCCUCAUAAUGUAUUAUUAAGGUUUUCAUGUGCAUUACGUCACUACAGAUUAAUGAGUAUCGAUGCUGAAUCCAGUGUCUUUGAAUAAUUAACCAAUAAAGUUCAUAUAAUUGUGCCUGACAUCAAUCUUAUCCACUUAUUUGUAGUAUCGGUCUUUCGGUAGUAAAUAUCGUAUUUCGAUAGAACAAUGAGAAGACGGAGUUGAUCUGAAAAAUGUGAUGUAUUUGCGCUAUACAUUUCGAACAAUCUGGUCACACAUAUACUUGUCAAGGUAUUUUUAUAUGAAAAUUAAUAAAGGUGAGACAAAUAAAAGUACAAUUAAAAUAAAUAAUUUGAGUAUAAGUGACUCAUCCUAGACAGGGGAAAUAUUUACAGGUGAUGCUUAACUACUAAAAUAAUAUAGCUGUUAUAAAUUUCUUUGAGGAAACCGAGAUCGCAACUUCAUUUUCUGGGGUAGCCGUAAUUUGAGGAUAGUUCACAGUAUGACUAGUACUGCAUUCGACUUUUGAGUUCUUUAAAGUUUAGGCGGUUUCUCAAUCGUUACCUUUUCUAGGAUUGAAUUUCGAAACUAACUUUUUAAAUUUUAAAUUAGAGAACAAAUACGAACAGCAAGUAUACUCAGCUUUUGUAAAUAUUCUGUCUCUUGUAUUCGAAAACACUACCAUUUUUUUCAUUGCUUAGAACCGGUUUAUUCUGUUUUCAUCGUUUAUUCAACCAAUUUUUUUCUAAGUAUAAUCAAUUUUUGUUAGAUCAUGUAUAAAGCAAAUAGUGAACUUGUAUCUCAGUGGCUCACUGAAAUAAGGGUUCUUGAUGGGGGGUUUGGAACAGAAAGUCAGAAAUUAUCAAAUCUACAAAUAAAAGGACAUUUGGCUUGGAGUUCCAGAUUAUUAAUGGACGACCCAGAAUUAGUUGUUAAAAUACACAAGUCGUAAGUUUUGUAUUUCUGUUUAUCAUCACCUAUCAGUUCUAUUGGAGUUGAACGAUACACUACAAAUAUGAAUUUAUGCAGUUACUAAGUAAAACAGCAUUUGUGCUACAUAAGAAUACUGUCUGUAAUCUCAAUCAUUAAGAAUUCGUAAGCUAUUUUCGCUUAAAAUAUUACCAAUUAGCUGUAAUUAACUCAAUAAUAUGAUUUCAUCGUCAAGUCGUAAUAAAGAUAGUUGUACCCAUAGUUCACCACUGGCACCAUAAAUACACCAAUAGAAUUUCCAUAAGAAACCAAUGUUUUUAAAGGGCAGUUUUUGUUGUUGCAGAUUACAACUACGGAAAAACUUAUAACUGCAUAAGUACAAUUUUUCGCAUUUAGCUUAUUAAAAUUUGGAGUUGUGGAUUCUUUUGUUUCCGAUUCAUAACCCUAUCAGCUUAUAAAUGUAAGAGAUUGUAUACUUUGAGAGAAGUCGUUAUAUCACAGUUAUCAUGUUUAAUUCAAUCUGUAGAUGGUACAUCAAUCGCAUUAAGAGUAAUAAUCUAAUAUUCAACACAUUCUGUCGUGUCUAGUUUUACAAGUAAAAAGAUUCACUGAUCGGUUCCGUCGUCAGGUCAACAUAUCAUGUAGUAAGAAUUCCCUGUCCUCAGUUUUUAUCUUUUAACUAACAUUCCUUCCUAAGUUAAGUGUCAGUUGAAAAGAUGAUUAUGUCUACAAAACACCACUUGAUUAUUAUUAAUCCUUGAUAAGACAAUUUAGUUACAUUUGCUAUACUACUGCAGAGUUUUCUGAUCUUUCAAUGCAUAAUGUUAUAUUAAAGCUUUUUGCAUGCUGGUUGUGAUGUGAUUUCUACGAACACUUAUCAAGCAGCGCCCUCAACCUUGGUGAAGGCACUUGGUAUAAAUGAUGGAGAAGCGAAAAACCUUAUGCGUACUGCUGUACAUCUAGCUCAAAGAGCACGUGAGAAAGAAAAUAAUUCAGAUAAUGCAAGUGAAUUCCAACGAAAAUUGCCUGUUCUUAUUGCCGGGUCUUUAGGUCCAUACGGAGCAUGCAUUGCUGACGGAUCAGAGUAUACUGGGUCGUAUGCAAACAAAGUUUCAUUCACUGAACUAGUGGAAUUUCACUUAUCAAGAGCACAAAUUUUAUUGGAGUCAGGAGCAGAUUUCAUAGCAUGGGAAACUGUUCCACUUUUAAAAGAGGUUUCAUCAAUAUGUGAAGUUAUGCGCAGACUACCAUCGGCAUGUUGCUGGAUAUCAGUUUCGUCACCAGAUGGUAAAGAAACAUCCGGUGGGGAUUUACUAGCUUCAGUCGCGUGUGAGGUAGCAAAGUGUGAACAGGUACGUCAAACUCUAAUCUAAAAUGAAAUUAAGAUCGUUGUCUCCUCAGAUGUAUAUACGGUUUAUUAGACUUUGUGUUUUCUAGGUGAAUUUCACUUCAACUAUAUACAUAAGCAUAGUAGCUAUGUAAGCGAACUGUGCUAAGGAACAAUCUCCCUCCAAAUGUUCAAAAUACAUGUAUUAGAACCAGAGAAAUCUAAAUGAUGUAUUGUUAAUUAAUCCAGAGACAACACUUACCACUAAUGGUACUAUUCAACUGACCAAACUGAAGUACAUGAUGUGGAGUUCUAAUCUAUUGCUUAAUAUUUCCUACUUAUGUAAUGAUAAUAGUAAUGCUCAAAUAUGAAUUAGCUGCUUGUAAUCUAUCAUAUAUUAUAAUUUUUUAGCGAUUUCAAGUAUGAGUAUACUUUAUGAUGUGCUGUUAAAGUGUUCAUAUUAGUGCUUAGUUGUAUUUAGUUUAUUACUAACUUAUCACACACUAAACACUGAUAAUACAUGUCCAACAUUAUACUACUAGGUUUUCGGUGUUGGAGUUAAUUGUAAUAUACCACAUGAUUGUAUUGGUAAGGGACUUGCUAACUUAAAUUCACAAACAUGUAAAGAAUCAGAAAAUACUUCCAGUAAAUUACUAUUAUUUUACGCAAAUGAUGGUCGUUUAUGGAUACCUAAUGAUGGCGAUAAAGAGCAAGAUCAUUUUGGUGAUUAUCUACAAUACAAUCAUGAAAGUUGGUUUCAAAACACCAUCAAAUGGGCAAAACGUCGUGAAAUUUCAGAUGAUGAACACUUACAUUAUUCAGUAAAUUAUAAACCUCCUUUGGCUCAGUGGGUUGGUGGAUGUUGUAAUGUUGGACCUGAACGUAUAAGAAGGCUUGCAAAAUGGAUGAAACCUGAUGAAUUUAUUUGCUGACUGAUGCUUGAUAUUCGACUAACUGUUAGAUUAUAUGAUUGUUUCAACUAUCCUACUUCAUUCAUGCUUUACUUUGUAUGAAUUAAGCAGUUUUAAACGAACAGUUCGAUGAUUAAAUAUAUCGCGUGAAUUCUAUACUUA